AUGGAGUGUCACGCAGUAAAGCCGAAUCUUGUUUGCUUCAGCGCUGCCACAAGUGCAUGUGAGAAAGGCCACGAUUGGCCAAAGGCUUUGGAGAUAUUGCAGCGCAUGGCAGAUGAACGCUGCACGCCGGAUGUGGUACAUUUCAACACAGUCAUUAGCGUGUUGGAGAAGUCCAAGCUUUGGUCAUUGGCGCUGUGGGUGAUGUUCAUGAUGACGGACCAGAAGGUUACGCCGGACACUAUCACACACAAUGCAGCGAUUAGUGCUUGUGGAUCACACUGGCAGCACAGUUUGGCCUUGCUUGAAGUGUUCCGUCUCGGAGGCAACUUGAAGGCUGACGCAGUAACAUUUACUGCAGCGAUGAGCUCUCUUGAGAAGGGAAGGAUGUGGCUAUCCAGCAUGUCGCUCUUUGCAGAGAUGCCACGCAGGGCUAUUGCACGCAAUGCAAUAGCUUUUACAUCUGCCAUUGCAUUCUCGGGAUGGCAACAAUCCCUGCUCCUACUCAAGGAGAUGAGGCAACAGUCUUGGCAGCCGACGCAGGUGACAUUUGGUGCGCUCGCAAGCACUGCAGCCAGGGAUGGCAACUGGCUGCUUGUGCUUGAGCUGUUGACUGAGAUGGAGAAAGUACAAGUCCAGGCCAACAUCGUCUACUACAACUCCUUUUUGAAAGCCUUCGGCAGCAAUUGGGAAGCUGCAAUGGCCUUGCUCGAUGAUUUGCCUGCGCGACGAGUUGAGGCAGAUGCGGUGUCCUACUGGAGUACCAUGGAUGUCUUGUUAGCAGCGGGAUGCUGGCAGAAGACUCUGCAGCUGCUGCGGGCAACGAUUCAGAAAGACUUAGCGCGGUAUGUGACAACAGUUGACGAAGUAUACGACCAUUCUGAGCAGGCCGGUGGAAUCAUGGACUGUGCCAAGCAUUCGAUGCUCGUGCUCCUUUUGCAGCAUUUUACACGAAAGAGUACUCCUUUCACUUACGUGGACACUCACGCAGGACGUGGCUUGUAUGACUUGCACUCAACCACUGCACGCGAGUAUCAGAACUUCCUCUAUGGCAUUCAUACUUUGGAGAGGAGCACAAUCAGAGCAGCUCCUAUUGUCCAAUACCUCUCACAGAUGAAAGUUUUCAACCGUGGUCCGACAAGGUUCUACCUUGGCUCCCCGGCCUUGGCGACCCGCUUCAUUCGACCACGUGACCGCGCCAUCCUCUUCGAAGCUUCCCGUCAGGUGUACAGUGCUCUGCAGCAGAGUUUGAGACGCCUGAAGGUCAAGGAUGAAGUGAGGACAAUGAACAUGAAUUCAUACCUUUGGCUGCAAGAUCAUCUUGUGACUGAAGUUUUGGUUGGCCACCUGGGUGGUCCUGGACUUGUACUGAUGGAUCCACCCUACGAGCCAUACAACGAAUACCUCACCUGGAAUCUUUACACAAUCCACAUGCUCCAAGAGGUGUGGCCAGAGAGCUGUAUCGCAAUGUGGUAUCCGUGUACAGAUCCACAGCAGAGACGCAGCAUGAAGCUUCGCCUGCAGGAUUUGAAGCUGCAGAUCCUGAAGUUGGACGUCCAUUGUCGCAUCUUAAUUGCAGAGCUUGUCCCCUCAGAUCUUGGGCCAAAGCGUGCUGCCACAACAGGGUCAGGUUUGGCCAUCAUCAACACAGACUUGGAGCUGCAAGAGGUCGAGAACUUGUUCGGCAAUCUUCAAGAAGCUUUCGGAGCCCCAAGCGGCCUAAGUGGCAUGGAAUUCUCGUGCUUUUGGCUCUGA